AGAACAUCAUCAUCAUCAUCAGCAACAUCGUCGCUGUUGUUUGAAUCGAACGUUGAGCGGCCAAUGAACGGCUUUCAAAUACCCAAAACAUAGAGCCCUAGUGAGACCUAGUACAACAAAAAAGCACGUCGCUAGGUGCUGCGAGCCAAGUCAACAUGCAAAUUGCUGGGCGAGCUACGGAACAAACCAAACAGACCGAACCAAAGCCAGGAACACAAUAAAAAUUGCCUAUAAAUGGGCGGAAGGGCAGAACCUAAGGGAGUUGGGCUUGUGCCAGCGACUGUGUGCGUGGGUGCGAGUUCGAGUGCGAGUGCGGGUGUACUCAAUGCCAAUGGCAUGGAUAUAGUCGUACGCACAAGGACAGCAGCGAAGAGGAGGACGACAACAACAGCAGAAGGAGGAGCGGCAGCAGCAGCAGCCGGAACGUCAGUCAAACAGAAGAACAACAAAGCGAAACUUCCGCAUAGGAUGCGAGGAAACGGAAGUUAUUUUGGUCGUUUAAACGUACGGAUCUAUCUCAUCUAUUUGUGCUGCUAUCUGCUGCUGAUAAUGGCAGCAGCUGGCAGCAACAAUGUGGUAAAUGGACUCAAAUGCUACUGCAAUCCCAAGGAAUGCGAUGUCAUACGCGCCCUAGACUGCCCCGGCAAGGGCCUAAUGCUCUGGGAUCCCUGCCAAUGCUGUCGCAUUUGCGCCAAAACCCUCGGCGAAUCCUGCGGCGGACCCGGCGGCUUUUCCGGCCAAUGCGAGCCGCCCCUUCAGUGUGUCACCAAAUUGCCCAUUAGCAGCGGCUUGGGCGUGUGCAUGGAUUUGCAACACCUGACGGCGCUCACAUUUAAUCAGCUCAGCAACUGUACGCAGGACGAGUCCAUUGUCUUGGAGCCGGGCUGCGAGAUAACCAAUAAACGCUGCCAGUGCUGGCCCACAAUGCGCACCUGUCUUAGCCAGUUGUCCAGGGACGGCGGCUCGCCAAGCAAUUUGCGUUGGCAUUUCAAAAAUCUCGAGGACUGCCAAUUGAAUUUGCAAAAUCUUAUUAAACUCGAAUUGGAAUUCGAUGAAGACUAUAAAAUCUCACCGAGCAAAUUUACCUACAAAAAGCUGCGCAGAAAGCGAAAAUCGCUGAGAAAACGCCUCAUAAUUUUGGAGGACGGCGUCUCCUCGCAGGCCAUAUAAAAGUCCCUCUUUCUCAUAAAUACAAUUCUUGUACAGAUAGUAAUGCUUACUUCUAUGAAAUGUGGCUAAUAUAAAUAUGAUGAUAAUAAACAGCAUAUGCAUAUACAAAUACAAACAAACAUAUAAAUAUAAAUACAUAUACAUAUAUAUAUACACAUACAUGCAUGGGGUAUGGCAAAUAUAAACUAUUGUAUGUAUAAUCCCUAAGACAUUUGUUACUUUAUUGUUUUUAACAAAAUAUGUGCGCAUACAUAAUGUAUUAUACAUUGCGAAUUUCUAUUCCUAAACUAAAGAAAAAACAAACAAACAAACAAACAAAA